CAGCUCAGCUCAGUGCGGGCACGGUUAUGCCGCUGUUCCCCUUUAGGAGCAUUUUGCUCCCCGCCCGCACCUGUCUUCCUGCUCCCCGUGACGCCCUGCAGGUGUGAGGAGCAACCUUCCCAGGGAUAGCGUGCACACUUGAGAGGGGUGGAAGAAUGAAAGAAAAGAAAGAUGAAAGGAUGUUGAACCACUUUGUAUGGCCGUAUGAUGGAAGGAAACGAAACUGAGAACUCCUGCAGUAGAACACUCGGAUGGCUUCAACAGGAUAAUGAUGCUAAGCCAUGGCUUUGGAAAUUCUCUAAUUGCUUUUCUCGCCCUGAGCAGACAUUGCAACUUAGUCCCCAAACGGUCAGGAUGUCCUGGGGCUUGUUAAAUGUCACAGUGGCACAGAAAGAGUACAUGGAGAACAAGAAAGUUGCUGUGGAAUUAAAGGAUGUGCCAUCUCCCCUUCAUGCUGGCUCUAAACUUUUUCCAGCAGUCCCACUUCCUGAUAUUCAUUCUCUUCAGCAACCUAAAAUACAGCUUUCAACUGUCCCCAAAGUAAGCUGCUGUGCUCAUUGCCCUAAUGAACCCUCCACUUCGCCAAUGCAUUUUGGUGGUGGUGGCGGUGGCGGUAGCGGAGGUGCUGGUAGCUUGAUUCACACGGGCGCACUGUUAGACUCGCAAAGCACCAGGACAAUCACAUGUCAGGUAGGGUCAGGGUUUGCUUUCCAGUCUGCGUCUUCACUCCAGAAUGCCUCAGCUAGGAGCAACUUGGCGGGCAUUGCAAGUGACUUUCCCAGCAUGUGUCUAGAGAGUAACCUAUCUUCCUGCAAACACCUACCCUGCUGUGGAAAACUCCAUUUCCAGUCUUGUCACGGGAAUGUGCACAAGCUGCAUCAGUUUCCGAGUCUCCAGGGCUGCCCCUCUGCUGGCUAUUUCCCCUGUUCUGAUUUCACGAGUGGGGCUCCAGGGCAUUUGGAAGAGCACAUUUCACAGUCGGAGCUAACGCCUCACUUGUGCACCAACUCUUUGCACCUAAAUGUGGUACCUCCGGUUUGUUUAAAGGGCUCACUUUACUGCGAAGACUGUCUAAACAAGCCGGCAAGAAAUAGUAUAAUUGAUCCUGCUAAAGUCUGGCCAAACAUACCACCUCCAAAUACUCAACCUGCACCUCUUGCUAUCCCUCUGUGUAAUGGCUGUGGAACCAAAGGAACAGGGAAGGAGACCACGUUGUUAUUGGCGACCAGUCUAGGCAAAGCUGCUUCGAAAUUUGGGUCACCAGAAGUUGCAGUUGCUGGACAGGUGCUAGAAAACUUACCCCCCAUUGGAGUUUUUUGGGACAUUGAAAACUGCUCUGUUCCCUCUGGCCGUUCAGCCACUGCUGUGGUACAGAGAAUCCGUGAGAAGUUUUUUAAAGGCCACAGAGAAGCAGAAUUCAUCUGUGUGUGUGACAUCAGUAAAGAAAACAAAGAAGUUAUUCAAGAGCUGAAUAAUUGCCAGGUAACUGUUGCCCACAUCAAUGCUACUGCGAAGAAUGCUGCUGAUGAUAAACUCCGGCAGAGUCUCCGAAGGUUUGCAAAUACUCACACCCCCCCCGCCACUGUGGUUCUUGUGUCAACUGAUGUCAAUUUUGCAUUGGAACUUAGUGACUUGAGACACAGGCAUGGUUUCCACAUAAUCCUGGUCCAUAAAAACCAAGCCUCAGAAGCACUGCUGCAUCAUGCUAACGAGCUGAUCAGAUUCGAAGAGUUCAUUUCCGACUUGCCUCCAAGGUUACCACUAAAAAUGCCGCAGUGCCACACUCUGCUCUACGUGUAUAACCUACCAGCGAAUAAAGACGGCAAGAGCAUCAGCAACAGGCUCCGGCGCCUGUCCGACAACUGUGGCGGGAAGGUGCUGAGUAUCACGGGCUGCAGCGCCAUUCUCCGCUUCAUCAACCAGGACAGUGCCGAGCGGGCUCAGAAGCGCAUGGAGAACGAGGAUGUCUUCGGGAAUAGGAUCAUUGUGUCCUUUACUCCAAAGAAUAGAGAACUCUGUGAAACCAAGAGUUCCAAUGCAAUUGCUGAGAAAGUGAAGUCUCCCAAAAAACUGAAGAAUCCAAAAUUGUGCCUCAUCAGAGAUGCAAGUGAGCAAUCUUCAAGUGCCAAAGCCACGCCUGGGAAAGGGCUGCAGGCAAAUUCUGGAUCUGCCGCGAAACACACGCACGUUAAAAGUUUACAGGAGCUGUGCCGCAUGGAGUCCAAGACGGGCAGUAGAAACAGCGAGCACCAGCAUGGUCACCUGAGGCUGGUCGUGCCUCCUCACAGUCACCCAAGCGCUGCAGUGCCCACGUCUAAAAAUCCGGGGAUGGCGGAUUCAGUUUACAAAACCAAUCAAAAAAAAGAAAACCUCAGUGCCCGAAGUGUUACCAGUUCUCCCAUAGAGAAAAAAGAUAAAGAGGAGAGUGUGUUCCAAGUGAGUUAUCCCUCCGCUUUUAGCAAGUUGAUUGCAUCAAGGCAAGUUGGUCCUCUGCUCACGUCUCAGUCUUGGUCUUCUCGCAGGAGUAUGUCUCCAAACCUCUUAAACAGAGCAUCCCCACUUGCCUUCAGUGUUGCAAACGUGAGCGGCGGAGCUGAUUGUCCAGAUCCAUAUGCAAAUGGUGCUGACGUCCAGGUCAGCAACAUAGACUACAGAUUGUCCCGGAAGGAGCUGCAGCAGCUCAUGCAGGAAGCAUUUUCUAGGCAUGGCAAGGUGAAGAGUGUGGAGCUUAGCCCCCAUACAGAUUAUCAACUCAAGGCCAUCGUUCAGAUGGAAAACUUACAAGAAGCAAUCAGUGCAGUGAACAACCUCCACAGAUACAAAAUCGGCGGCAAGAAGAUCCUGGUCUCACUCGCCACAGGAGUUGCUAAUAAAUCACUCUCUCUACUGAGUGCAGAAACAAUGUCUAUUCUUCAAGAUGCUCCUGCCUGUUGUCUGCCUCUUUUUAAAUUCACAGACAUCUAUGAAAAAAAGUUUGGACACAAGUUGAAUGUGUCAGAUCUAUAUAAAUUAACAGACACCGUCACAAUCCGUGAACAAGGGAACGGACGCCUGGUGUGUCUCUUACCCAGCUGUCAGGCCUGCCAGAGCCCCUUGGGGUCUUCCCAGUCCCACGACGGCUCCUCUACCAAUUGCAGUCCGAUUAUAUUUGAAGAGUUAGAGUAUCACGAGCCUGUCUGCAGACAGCAUUGUUCCAAUAAGGAGUUCAGUGAACAUGAAUUUGAUCCAGACUCUUACAAGAUUCCUUUUGUGAUUCUCUCUUUGAAGACGUUUGCACCCCAGGUUCACAGUCUUCUCCAGACCCAUGAGGGGACUGUACCUUUACUAAGCUUUUCAGAUUGUUAUGCUGCAGAGUUUGGUGAACUAGAAGCAGUACAGGAAAACCAUGGGGGCGUUCCCCUAGAGCACAUCAUCACCUGCGUGCCAGGGGUGAACAUCGCCACUGCUCAGAAUGGCGUCAAAGUAGUUAAAUGGAUUCACAACAGGCCCCCGCCGCCCAACGCUGACCCUUGGCUUCUGCGUUCUAAAAGUCCUGUAGGAAACCCCCAACUGAUUCAGUUCAGCAGAGAAGUGAUUGACUUACUCAAGAACCAACCGUCUUGUGUCAUACCAAUUAGCAAUUUCAUCCCAUCUUACCACCAUCAUUUUGCGAAGCAAUGCCGAGUAUCAGACUACGGCUAUUCCAAGCUGAUUGAAUUACUAGAAGCAGUGCCUCAUGUGUUGCAGAUUCUUGGGAUGGGUUCCAAACGCUUGCUGACCCUUACCCACCGGGCCCAGGUGAAGCGCUUUACUCAGGAUGUACUAAAACUUCUCAAAUCCCAGGCCAGCAAACAGGUGGUGGUGCGAGAAUUCUCACAGGCUUACCAUUGGUGUUUCUCAAAGGACUGGGAUGUCACCGAAUAUGGUGUUUGUGAGUUGAUUGAUAUCUUAUCGGAGAUUCCAGAUUCAACCAUCUGUUUGUCCCAACAAGAUAAUGAAAUGGUCAUCUGUAUCCCCAAGAGAGAACGUACCCAGGAUGAAAUAGAAAGGACGAAACAGUUCUCUAAGGAUGUUGUUGACUUGCUGCGUCACCAACCCCAUUUCCGGAUGCCCUUUAAUAAAUUUAUUCCCUCUUACCAUCACCACUUUGGUCGGCAAUGCAAACUUGCAUACUAUGGGUUUACCAAACUACUUGAACUUUUCGAAGCCAUACCUGAUAUUUUACAAGUAUUGGAAUGUGGAGAAGAAAAAAUCCUUACUUUGACAGAGGUAGAACGAUUCAAAGCUUUAGCUGCCCAGUUCGUUAAACUUCUUCGGUCCCAAAAAGACAACUGCCUUAUGAUGACAGAUCUACUUACAGAGUAUGCUAAAACUUUUGGUUACACGUUUCGUCUCCAAGACUAUGAUGUCAGUUCAGUUUCAGCUUUAACACAGAAGCUCUGCCAUGUUGUAAAGGUUGCUGAUAUGGAAUCUGGCAAACAGAUUCAGCUGAUCAACCGAAAGUCUCUGCGAUCUCUCACUGCCCAGUUGUUAGUAUUAUUGAUGUCUUGGGAAGGAACCGCCCAUCUUUCUGUUGAUGAGCUCAAGAGACAUUAUGAAACUACCCACAGUGCUCCUCUGAACCCCUGUGAAUAUGGAUUCAUGACCUUGACUGAACUUCUGAAGAGUCUACCUUACUUAGUUGAGGUUUUUACUAAUGAUAAGACGGAAGAGUGUGUGAAGCUCACAAGUCUGUACCUGUUUGCGAAGAACGUGCGGGCUUUACUUCAUACCUACCACUACCAGCAGAUUUUCCUGCAUGAGUUUGCCAUGGCCUACACUAAGUAUGUUGGUGAAACCCUGCAGCCCAAGACCUAUGGCUACAGCACUGUGGAGGAGCUCUUGGGCGCCAUCCCACAGGUGGUCUGGAUAAAAGGACAUGGUCAUAAGAGAAUUGUAGUGUUAAAAAAUGACAUGAAAAGUCGCUUGAGUUCACUGGGUCUUCCUGCUGCCGAUCACGAAAGCCGGCCCUCCGACGGUGAGCGCAUCCUGGAGGUGCCCGACUCUCACCCAGCCUCGGAACUCAAGCUGGGAGCAGGGCCCGGUCAAACAGAGCAGGAGCUUCUCCGCCUGACCAACGACUCCCCGAUCGACCUCCUGUGUGCGCCCGUCCCUUCAUGCCUGCCGUCCCCUCAGCUGAGACCAGAUCCUGUCAUCCUCCAGCCUGGUGAUCUUAUUCUGUUUGAGGAACACCCCCAAGAGCCUUCUGAAGCUACGAUUUUAAACCAAGAAGAAACCAUUGAAAUUCCAGUACCAGUAAAGAACGAAAAACUGACCUGUGACCCUAACGCGUCCCACGUGUCGGCAGCUGUCCCAGUGCCUCCCUGUGCCUCCAUGGAAACCCCCGAGUUGCUGCUCAGCAAGGACCCCGUGGAAAGCCCAGCCAAAAAGCAACCCAAAAAUAGAGUGAAAUUGGCAGCCAACUUUUCCUUUGCACCUGGAACCAAGCUUUAGCUCCAUUGGAACAUAGAAUUAGGAUGGGGAAAAACUGUCUGAUUCUGCACACAAAAAUGGGUUCAAGACAUCCUUUUCUAUUUUAAUGAAAACCCCUUGGAAGCCACGUAAUUCAUCUCUAGAUGUAUUCCACAGUGGUUUUGUUCCCUUCUCAUUGAACACAGCUUUGAGCUGAAGUUUUUCUUUCUUCUUUCCUUUCUUCCUUUUUCAGUUAUUUGAGAGAGCUUUAGGCAUUUGUUAAAGAAUCCUUAAUUUAUUUUACCCAGAUUUUUUUUAACUAUUAAAAAAUAUUAUGGUGUUCCCUAAGAAGAAAGCAGUGGGAAUUCAGCUAGCAGGAAGUGGUUUUCCUUCCACUGAGCCACGUCCGUGGUGUAAUCCUACACGUAGCAUAAUACAGCCUCUCAGCCAUUGCUUCCUGAUGGCUCCAGCAGUAUUAAUCAAAUGCACGAAGUGUCCUGGAAGCAAAGCCUGUUCUGUGAGCCCGCGAGUUCACACACCAAAGGGGAAAGGUAGGCAGGGAGCUGAGAGUGUAUUGUCAGGUCGGAAUAAGCAGGUUCCUGACUUCCACGUGACUUGUAAACAUGCCUUGCAUUUUAUUUAACUAUGUCUGUAGCUGACAAAUGUGGCUUCAUCAUCGGUUUUUUUAAGUGUUUCCACUUUGGGGUUCCAUUGAGGCGCUUUCUAGAAAGUCGAGGCUGUUUUAAGCUUCCCUCCUGUCUUAUGCUCCAGUUUGAUAUGGAUUAGGUUAAGGAAAAGGAGAUGGUCUUGGUGGCAUGAAUUUAACGUCAGCAUUUGAAUGACAACACACAGGAUUGUGUGUCGAGAGGCAAUGUUGGGAAGAGAGUCUGAUUUUCUAAACUAUGCAUCAAAUGCAUAAAUUACAAAUCAGCUGAGUGGCGAGGUGCUUUCACAGGAGCGACGUCAAUACCGCUUGCACUAGAAAGAGGCAGGAAUUCUCUCCGUGGUACGAAGGCCAAGGUUGAUCAACUUAACCUUGUUUUUGUCAUUUAAAGCUGGUUUUGGUGGCUGGGAAGCUUUCCAUGAGUACAUGUGUGUGUGUGUUAGCUCUGCAUCUUUUAAUAGUGUCUGUUUUUACUCUUGUUACUUCUUGCCAUUGGAAGCACGUUUGGGUUUUUUGUGGUGUCUGAUGUUGGCAUUUGGGAAAAGCCAGCCUUGGAGGGCACUACCUUGUGGAGUGGCCUUCCUCUCUGGAUGCUCAGGGUGUCCGCUGAUGGGUGGCCUCUCACCCUCUUGGAAAAACCUGACAUUUACAAUGGAUUGUAUUUGUUGGGGAAAAAAAAAAAAAGGCGGAUUCAUUCAUAGAGCAGAAAGAACCUGUUGGCUCAAGGUCUUCCACUGGUUAGAUGGUUUCUUUCAGGGAAGUGUUUAUAUUUUGUAAUUUCUAGAAAGCCAGAAAAUGGGCUCUGAUUUCAUAGCCAGCAUUUUGAUGAAAUGCCACAAAAUAAGGGCUAUUGAGAGAUUUUUACUGGUUAGAUUUUUGUUUCCCCAAUCUUUUAAAUGAAGCCAGUGAUCCCCAGUUCUCCGCAUACAGCCCUAAUCAAGACAAAACAAGAGUGGAGAAACAGUCUAAGUAUUACGGCACUUGGUGAGCCCUUCUGAAGGCAUUUCCUCUACAGACAUAGUGUUACAGGAAGUCAAAUGCAAAUGUGCAAUUUUUUUUUAAGAGACUCUUUUAAACAGUGUAAUAAAGUUGGUGUUGAGAACAUCGGUUGCCUUAUCCUGAGACUUCAUUAGGCAGAUUUGCACGCUUGGACUUCAGUUUUGCUAGUAUGUAAAGAAUUGUGGACUUUUAAAACCCCAGAGGUAUCGUUACAAGUCACUUGGAACAGUCUCAAAGAGCAGGUUCUUUGGGCAACAAAGAAGAAACAAGUUCUGCGCCUUCGUGUGAGGGUGCCCUCCUACCACUCACGGGCGUUGCCGGUUAGUCCGGGCUGUGUGUGUGACUAGCAGUCGCUGUUGGAGACGGGGGACACAACGGAAGCACGCCGUGUUCGCAGCGCACUCCUCAAUGGCCAGUGCAUUUGCGUCUUAUUUUUUAUCCAGAGGCUUAUUUCGAUGAUGCGACAAAGUGAUGUGUGAGCAUCAGGCGAUGGGAUUCUUUAUUUCUGGGUGGAGAGAUGUACCAGAUGAGAUUGACCCGUUAAAAGACAAAAAUUAUCACCAGAACCCCCUUUCCCGUCUUGCACUGUUUGUUUUGGAUUGGGCUUGGGGGAAGAGAUGUUAUCCUAACUGUCUACUUUGUUUGAACACUUUUUUUGUGGUUCAAGUGCUGUUUUGUGUGUUGGGACCAAACAGUUGUCAAUAAACUUUACAAGCAAGCAUCUAA